GACAGACACAACAGAUUCGCCAUUCUCCGUUCUCUCUCUCUAAUCGGGUCGUCUUGCAAGUAAACCAAGGCCAGGCCAGGCCAAAACCUUCUUUCAUUCCGUCUAUACAAGAUCUGGAUCUCAUACAUUUAACGCCAUAUUACCUUCUCUUCGAUUCGAGGUACGCCAUCAACAUUAACGGAUAACGAAACAAGAAAUCAUCAGUUGUAUGUACUAAAAGCUGAGAUUUAUUUAAGGCAAAUGUGAUGCGACGAUGACAGUAUCUACACACACAGUUGAGGCAUUCAAGUCUUACCAAAUUCAAGCACAAGUGUUGGUUAGAAAUUAUCUACUAGCAGAUACUUCUAUUCCAUACACAUCUGUACUUGGGGGAAUAUUUGCCUGCAAAGUGGUCUAUGAUCUCUCUCAAUUAGUCAGCACAUUCUACUUUAGAAGUUAUAACACACUUUCAAAAAUCCAGAAGAUUGAAUGGAACAACCGUGCUAUGUCCACACUUCAUUCAAUUCUUAUUGCGACUGUAUCAACUUAUUUUGUGUUUUGGUCUGAUCUGUUUUCGGACAACAAGCAUGCCGGUCUUAUUACAUUCCGAAGUUCACCACUCUCCAUUGUUUCACUGGGGGCUUCAGUUGGGUACUUCCUUGUAGAUCUUGGUAUGCUAUUUUGGAUGUAUCCUUCACUGGGUGGAUCAGAAUAUGUUAUCCAUCAUUCCCUUUCUGCAAUUUCUGUAGCAUAUUCAAUGUUAACUGGGGAGGGACAACUGUAUACUUUCAUGGUUUUAAUCUCUGAGUUGACAACUCCAGAGAUUAAUAUGAGAUGGUACCUUGAUGUAGCUGGUCUUAAAAGGUCAAAUGCAUAUCUAGUAAAUGGAGUGCUGAUAUUUUUUGCUUGGCUGGUUGCCAGAAUUCUCCUGUUCCUCUACAUGUUUUCUCAUGUAUAUAUGCAUUACAAUCAGGUGAGCCAGAUGCACGCGUUUGGUCGAUUUUUGGUGUUUGUGGUCCCUGCAGUUCUAGCUGCUAUGAACUUGGUUUGGUUUGGAAAGAUUCUUAAAGGAUUGAAGAAGACAUUAACCAAAUGGCAAUGAUUUUUUAAUAUUUUUUUGUAAAAAAUGUGUAAGAUCUGCCACGAGUAAAGAUAGGCUUCUUCUCCCAUUCAGCGGCGUCUUGAAGCGAUCUGUACAAGUUGAGAUAAGUGGCUGCUGGGAGAAGGAGAACGAAACAUACAACAAACGAGGAGCAGGGAAAAGUUUAUAUACCAUACAAUAUUAUAUACAUAGGGGAAAAUAUCUGUAAAAUAAACUCAAUUCUUGUUUGUGUAUAUUAUUAAUUAACUAGUAUUUCAACCAACAUAAUAUAAAUCUCAUUCUUCUACUUCA